CUUUCAAUGAAAAUAAUCUUUCUACAUGGUAUCGGAGCCUAAAAACACAAAACCCUAAUCCCCCUCUUCUCCUCUUCUACCUCUCGGCCUAGUCACGCCGCCGCCCUCCUCCUUGCGCUGCCUCCUCCUGCGGCGCACUCGGAUUCCCACACAACCGGCAACCUCCUCUUCCUCUUUCUCUUACCAUGGCUGACGUAAGCGAGAUCACCUCUCAAAAUCUCUCCUCUAAACCCCCACAUCUUGCUUUCACAACUGUCUCCAACGUGAAACUCCACGUUCCUGUUCAACUCAGCCUCUCUCAACCUAAUUACAAGAAGUGGAGUCGUCUGUUCCUCCUCUUAGUCAGGCGAUUCAAUCUUCAGGGCUAUAUCGACGGUUCCGUUGUCCCCCUCUCCGACGACGACGACGAAUGGUUCCAACUCGACGCUCUCCUCCAGGGUUGGAUUCUCUCUACCAUCACCGAUGAGGUCUCAGAUUUGGUAAUCUCCUCUGUCUCUACUGCCUCUGCUCUCUGGAAAGUCGUUCACGACUUGUUCCACGACAACAAACAUGCCAGGGCCAUGCAGCUGGAGCAUGAAUUCCGCACAACCAUCAAAGGCAACUCCACCAUGGCGGCUUAUUGCCAACAAUUGCAGAAUCUGGCCGACUGGCUGGACGAUGUUGAUGCACCAGUCUCCCAGCACCAACUUGUUCUCCAGAUGCUUCGUGCCCACAUAACAUCUCAUUUGAGCAUGCAGGAGAUAAUGAAGAAGGCGGCGAAUCAUGUUAUGGGAAAUUCUGGGUAGAGUUCCCACUAAUAAGACAUGUUUAUAACU